AUGGUCCCCCUGCUGCCUCCGGACCACCCUCACUCAACCACGCAAUCCACUGAAGACGACCGCUCUAGCAGGCAAACCAACAAGGAUAAUGCACCACCACACAAACGCUCCAAGAGUACUGUGUCACUACGAUCACUGGGUAGAGACAAGGAAAAGGACAAGGAGAGAAAGAGUCGCAAGGAACGGGAAAAGGAAAAACAGAGUCAGCGUGCCACAAACGACCCCGACAACCGCGAUGGUCGAACACGCAUGAAGAAGACAAAGUCGUCAACCAGCCUUCGAGGCUUACUCGGCAAGAUGAAUCGCUCAUCCAAGGACCUCGGCGACACUGUCCACGACAAGGAAAAUCUAAGCCCACCACUCCCGGCUGUCGAUCCCACCGUAACCUCGCAUUGGCCUCAAAAUCCGCCCGUCGCUCAACAUCUUAACGCAGAGAUUGAUCGCUACACUCCAAGAGACUACACUCCCUCCAAGCAGCGCGACUUUGCUGCCUACGGCCAGCCCGCCCUCUCGAGACCCUCCUCUUCUGGACGUCCCAAAAGUAUGGUCAUUCCGGGCUCGACCUCCUUUCUCGAUAUGCUUAACCGUCCCGCCAGUCGCGACCAUGAUCGAGAGCGUUCUCAGCUCGAUUCGCGCCGUACGAAUAACUCACGAGGCAGUCGCGAGAGCUUCGAAGACGGCAAACAGUCUUUUGGUCGCAAAGUGAGCUCCAGCAGCAACGAACGUCCUGCGCCGAAGUCUCUGGCGAACAUCCCCAAACGUGGCCCAAGGGUCAUGGCUGCCGUAGCUGCGUUCGACGAAAAGGCCAGGGAGGGUGUCAUAAUAAAGGAUGACCAGAAAUUGGAUCCCAAAACCGUCGAUGCUGCUUUUGAGGCUGUCUUGGACUCACGCAACAUCCCAGAGAACAUGCGGCAAAAGAUGCGUACCUUGACACUCCGGGUCAAAGCUGACUUUGUCAAACAAGACAAGGGUGCUCUUAGUCCUACUAAACCAGAAUCCAGACUCCCGUUCUUCCAUGAUGAGCCUGUUCAACAACAGACUGCCGAUUCCGGCGAAGAGGAAGUCAAGGAGGAUUUAUCAAAACGGUCAAGAUCGAGAAGUAAGACUUUCACGCUGACCAGAAGUGAUGACACUUCCAAGAAAUCAAAGUCGGACAGCCGACCCAACUCGAUUCAUAUCCCAAGAUCAUCCGGCACAUUACCCAAGCACUUUGUUCCUUCUUCACCUGGUCGGGGACCACAAGCUGCUUGUCCCGACGAAUUCGUAGCCUACCUUGACAACGUACGUGAUCCUGUCCAGAUGGAAGUUGGUCGGCUACACAAGUUGCGUCUCUUGCUUCGGAAUGAGACCGUUGCUUGGGUUGACAACUUCAUAUCGCUUGGUGGCAUGGCUCAAGUUGUGGAUCUACUUCAUCGCAUCAUGCAAAUUGAAUGGCGCGAAGAGCAUGAAGAUCAGCUACUUCACGAGGCUCUGCUCUGCUUGAAGGGACUUUGCACUACAGAAGUUGCUCUCAAGAACUUGGCCGCGUUGGCGGACGCACUCUUCCCCAAACUCCUGGCCAUGAUUUUCGAUGAAGAGAAAAAGGGACCUAGCGAGUUCACUACCAGGGGUAUAAUUAUCAACAUUCUUUUUGCAUACCUGGGCGCAGCACGAAAUGGCGGACCAUACGACCUUGCUCAACGAGCUCGUGUGAUUCUAGCCUAUCUUGCAGAUCCUCAAAAGCCCGAAGACGCACAGCCAGUAUCCUUUGUACUCAGCAUGCGGCAAUCCAGACCGUACAAAGUAUGGUGCACAGAAGUCAGUAAUGUGACCAAGGAAGUGUUCUGGAUUUUCCUGCACCACCUUAACGUCAUACCGCUUCCAAAGAAAGAAAUGAUUACGCCCGGUCAAACCUAUGCUGAGAGAUUCUUCCCUGGAGACCGCCCACCUGUUCCAGCUGCGCCCUACAUUGGUGGAGUCGAAUGGGAUGCAACUACAUACAUGACGUCGCACCUAGAUCUUGUCAAUGGACUCAUUGCUUCACUACCGAGCAGGGAAGACCGCAACCAAUUGCGUUCAGAACUCAAGACCAGUGGGUGGGAGAAGAUGAUGGGCGGCACCAUGCGUACAUGCAAAGAGAAGUUCUACUGCGGUGUACAUUCUGGCUUGCAGAAUUGGAUAGCCGCCGCUCAAGCCGAUGGAUGGGACAUUGACUACGUGCGCUAUGGGCCGAGCAAAGAAGAAAUGGCGGCGUCGAGCCCAAAGAAGAGUCCGAGAAAGACGGAAGCACCGCCGCAGAUUGGUUUUCCCAUCAUACAGAUGCCCAAGCUAACGCUGGGAUUGGAUCGGUCCAACUCGACGCCUGCCUUUAACGCCAGUAACGGUAACGAUGGAUGGUUGGUUUGA